GCAAUACUAACCAUCCCAGCUAAUCUUAUCACACACAUUUCAUUCAUUAUAUCUGCUUCUGAUCUCUGUUUCUAACUUUUUAUGCCCUUUAUAUUUACUUGCUAUAUUUCUUUAUUUUCUUCACAGCCCACAAAAAGAUCGAAUCUUUCUUGAUGCACAAAGUCUGAUGCUUUGCUGCUGAACAUUUAAGUUGUUUGAUGUGGUGUGAUUGCAAUGGAUGGAAAUAGUAGAGGUUCAAUGGGUAGUAGUGGAGAAUUCAAGAAAUCCUGUGAGGUGGCUGUUCUGAUCCAUGGGGAUGAUAAAGAUUCAAGAAAUAAUCCUCCAGAUGCUUCAAGGGAUCAAAAAGGCACACCUUUGGCUAAUUCACCACAGAGAGUAUCACUUGAUUCAUCUUUUGCUUCUCAGAAGGGGGUCCCAGUGAGUGGUCCCUCUCCUGAGAUGGGUAGCCACCACAAUAAGCCUCCUAGAAUCCCAGGAACUGACACUCUCACUCGGCGAAAGUCAUUCGCAAAGUCAGUUUACUCGAGAUCCAAAUCGAGGUUUGGGGAGCAAUCUGUGCCUAUUGAUCCUAGUAUGUUUGAGGAAAAUUAUGACCAUGAUGUGAGAUCAAAUGCAUCUAGUCGUGCUUCGCCCAAGACUAGUGUGGGCCAAAAUGCUCCCGGGGUUACACAAAGGGAAUUCGCGAGGACAGUUUCUGUGUCUGUGAUGCAGAAGACGCCGCCAGUGAUGGCAUCACCGGGGCGUUUUGGUGGGGUUGAUGAACACGAGGCGAUAUAUAACAAAGUGAACAUAAGGAAAAAGUUGAGGCUUAGGAAAGUGAAACUGAAAGUUCUGAUGGAUUGGCUGGUGUUUCUUGGCCUUUUGGGGUUUCUAAUAGCCUGCUUGACCACCGAAAAGCUGCAGCAUUUCAAGAUUUGGGAGUUGGAGAUCUGGAAGUGGGUCGUGCUCGUUAUGGUGAUGAUCAGCGGGAUGUUGGUGUCGAAGUGGCUCAUACAUUUCAUCGCCUUGUUGAUCGAGCUCAACUUUUUGUUGAAGAAGAAGGUUCUGUACUUCGUGUAUGGCUUGAAGAAGAUUGUCCAGGUUUUCAUUUGGUUGAGUUGGGUUCUCGUCACUUGGGUGUUGCUAUUCACGACGGGGGUUAGAAGAACACAUCUCGCAAACAAAAUUUUGGAUUAUAUUACUUGGACUAUUGUUUCUUUGCUCAUCGGUUCAUUUUUGUGGCUCCUCAAGACAUUGCUGCUUAAGAUUCUUGCAGCCUCCUUUCAUGUGAACACAUUCUUUGACAGAAUUCAGGAAUCUCUGUUUCAUCAGUACAUUCUACUCACGCUCUCGGGGCUGCCAGUUAUGGAGUCUGCCCAGAUGGCCGGGGUAGGAGCAAAUAGUACCACCGCUCAGCUUAGCUUCGACAAACCAAAGAAGGGAGGAGGGAAGGAAAAGAAGCAGAAAGAGGUGGUUGAUAUCAAUAAGCUUCAUCAGAUGAAGAGGGAUAAGGUCUCGGCUUGGACCAUGAAAAUGCUGGUUGAUGUCAUAUCCAAUUCGGGAUUGUGCACUAUCUCUGGCGCGUUCGAUGAAAGUGCUUUCGAUGGAGAGAAUGACCAAGCAGAUAAGCAGAUUACUAACGAGGAGGAAGCCAUUGCUGCUGCCUAUCACAUCUUCAGGAACGUUGCUCGCUACCCCAACGCCACGUAUAUUGAUGAGUAUGACCUGAUGAGAUUCAUGAUCAAAGAAGAGGUGGAUCUGGUUUUCCAAAUGAUAGAUGUGGCUGACACUGGACAAAUCCACAGAAAAGCUUUGAUGGAAUGGGUGGUUAAGGUUUACAAUGGGCGCAAAGCGCUGUCACACGCCCUGAACGAUACAAAGACUGCUGUAAGGCAAUUGAACAAGCUCGUCACGGUUGUCCUUAUAGUUAUAAUAAUCAUAAUUUGGCUUCUAUUGAUCGGAAUAGCUACCACGAAAGUCCUCGUCUUCCUCUCAUCGCAACUCGUGGUUGCAGCUUUUAUGUUUGGUAACACUUGCAAGGUGAUAUUCGAGGCCAUCGUGUUCGUAUUUGUGAUGCACCCUUUUGAUGUUGGCGAUCGCUGUGUGAUCGAUGGCGUUCAGAUGACAGUUGAAGAGAUGAAUAUCUUGACAACAGUGUUCUUGAGAUUUGACAAUGAGAAAAUAUACUAUCCAAAUACAGUUCUUGCCACUAGGCCUAUCAGCAAUUUCUACAGAAGCCCCGAUAUGAGUGAUUGCUUCGAGUUCUGCCUCGAUUUCAGGACACCAUUGGAGAAGAUAGGAGCUUUAAAAGAAAGAGUAAAGAUAUACUUAGAGAAAAGCUCCCAUUGGCAUCCCAAUCACAGUGUGGUCGUGAAGGAGAUCGAGAAUAUGAAUAAGAUAAAGAUGGCACUGUUUUUCAAUCACACAAUGAACUUCCAAAACAUCGUAGAGAAGAAUCGGAGGAGAACUGAGCUUAUCUUGGAGAUGAAGAAAAUUUUUGAGGAUUUAGAUAUGAGAUAUGAUCUUCUCCCUCAAGAAGUUCAUCUCGUCGAGUCAAGGGCAGCAGCUCGGGGCAGUAAAUGAGUACCUAGUUAGCUCUUCGGUUCGCCUUUGAUUUCUGGUAUUUCGUCUAUGAUUCUGCAUUCAAGUAUUGAAUGUAAGUAUCAUCCUCAGAAACCUUGCACUGCAUGAACUUGUUACCAUCUUCUUUCGGGUUUUACGACAUGGAUCUAUGUUAGAACUUAGAAUGCUGCAACAGCAACAGGCAACAGGGCACACAACACCCUUCAGGUUUCCUUGCUUCAAAUGGCCACUGAAUUUUAGAAGAUGAGCAGAAUAUGUAUAUUCUAUGUUAAGAUGCAAACAAGUGUUUAAUGUUUCACAUGUAUUAGGUAU